CCACACAUGAAAAAGUGAAAAAGAACUCUGGAAUUUCCGAAAACCGUAAAUCACGCUCCAAAUCUAGUUAUCCAGCCAAUCAGACAGACACGACAAGCAAACUCACCUUCACUUCCUCCAAACCCAAUGACGUGUCUAAUUCCCAUUGGCCACAUUCCAUAACAUCGCAACAACUUUUUAAAACUUUUCCUUCCACCCACCAAACAACAACCACAAAAAGCAAAACAACCAUUUCCCUUCACAACCGCUUUCCGCUUCCGUCUUUUCCCCUUUCCCCUCUCACUACUCGAUGCAUGGACCCGAUUCUCUAACUCGCUCUCCCUUUUUCAAUCGAGUCCGUAACUCGGCCCCGCGAAUCAAUCAUCACACUCUCACACACUGUACUUAAAUAAAUGGGCGCAUUAAUGAUAAAACCUUCAUGCGAAUUUAGUGGCUGUAGAUGUUUCUAUGAAUGUUAUGGAGGAGAUGAUGAUGAUGAUGAUGGAGGAUUCGUUGGAUGGAACCGGGUCGGGUAAUGGAAUAAGAAGAAUAAGUUCGAGAGCUGAAGUGGAUACUUCGAUGCCGUUUGAGUCUGUUAAAGAAGCGGUUACCCGGUUUGGUGGAAGCGGGCCUUGGUUGCCCCUUUACAGACUUGGUGAGGCUUAUCAGAACAGUAUUGAAGACUUCGACAUAAAGAAAAUAGAGGAACAAGCGGCGAAGUUGGAAAAGGAUUUGAUAAUGAAAGAACUCGAAACACUUGACGUGCUUGAAGAACUCGGAUCUGCCAAAACGAUUCUGGAGAAAUUAAAGCAGCAGCUGCAAUCUGAAGCACUCAAAUGUUCUGCGACUCGCGAUGUAAGUUCGUGCGAAAGUAUUGAAGCUCUUGUUAAAAAGUCUGCAAGUAUUGUCAACCAUCAAGAACAGAUAUUGCGAAAUCCGAGACCCUGCCGUACUUCACCGCCUGAUAUGCUCUUAACCGAGUUAAAACAAGCUAAGAUGAACCUUGGUAAAACUAUAAACGAUCUCGGGGUGAUACAAUCGUCUGUCGAAACUUUGAAUAAGAAGAUGAAGAAGGAGAGACUUUUUCUCGAGAGGACACGGGAGAAUCUACAAUCGAAGUUUGCAGCUAUCUCUGCUCAAAAUGUGGCCGAAAAAGAAGCAAAGUCAAAGCCACCGGUAGAUCCUGUAGAAAAGGAUUUUACUUUUCACACUCCACAAAAUGUUGUAAGUGAUUUAAAAGUUGAUCUUGAACAGAACAAUGGAAUGGUUGAAACAAGACCCUUAGAAGUUUCAAAGCAAGGGGUUGAGGAUGGAGAGAAUGAGUUUAGUCUUAAAACUGCUGAGAUGAGGUGGUUUGCAGCUAAGAAGAUGGAAGAAGCUGCAAUGGCAGCCGAAGCCGUUGCUCUUGCUGAAAUCAAGGCUCUAUCUCGUGCUGACAAUAUAUCAUCGCAAUUUUCUACACGAGGGCAUCGCGAAUUUCAAAUACCCGAAGAGUCUAUCUUGAAGCAAGUAAUACACUCCACAUUCCAAAUUGAUGCGGCAAGUGCUUCUAAACUAACUAUUCUGAAAAAACUAGAGGAAGCAACAGCAGAAGUUCUACACAGCAAGGAAAUUUUAACAGAAGCUAUAAACGGUAUUGAAACUGCAAGCAGAAAGCAACAGGCUGCGGAAGAGGCUCUAAGGAGAUGGAUUCAUGAAAACGGUCUAAAGGGUGGGGCUAUGCAUAGCUCGAUUAAACGAAACAAGUUCAAUCGAGUUGAAAAUUGCCAAGCUUUGAAGCCCACCUUAAGAUCCUCGGUUUCAAUGAGAGAUCUACUUAAUAGGAAGCAAGUUCCUGACGAAUAUACUACGACAAAGGAGAUGGAAAAGCAUGCUGAAACAAAGGUAGCAUUGAGUCAAAUGCUUCAAGCGUUGAGGGAAAAUCAAACUCUUCCAACUGAACUUGAGAAUGACGAGGGCGAUCAAAAGCAGUCUGUAGUACACAGGAAGAAGUUUGGAUUCUUAAAAUUAUCAUUCCCCUCGGGAAAGCGGAAUAAUAAGAAGACAUGAAUUUAAUCCUAAUGCUUAUGCAACAGCUCGUGCAUCAAUGUUUUGCGAUUCUUUAUUGGUUCUUAUGUUAUGCGAGAUUUAAAGGUUGGUAUGUGUUUAAGUUUAUGGUUACUAUGAAUAUGUAUUCGGAAUUCAAGUACAAGUUUGGAUUUUCGUCUGUUCAAGACUUAAUGAGUUUCAUGAAGGUAAUAUAACAGCGAAAACUCAUUUUCAUAUUAAGGAUUUAAUGCGAGUUUACAGUCCCAUGUUGGUUAACAACGGGUUUCAUGAAGAGAUUAUGUGAUUACAAAUCCAUAGUUCAAAGUUUUGAUGAAAUUAUAAAGACAUGGUCACUAUUUGUAGAAUGUGGUGCAGAUUUUCCUGUUUUUGGAUUCUCUGGAAACCAUGAACACCUUGUUGUGCAUGCAAGCUUGAAACAUGGGAGUUUCACAUGUAUUUUUAUAUUGUUGUUUAAUUUUUUUUCAUAUGGAUUCAUUGUGAUUGAAUUUGCA